CGACGCGAAGAGAGCAUUUUUGCAGCGUGCGAGGCCGCUCAGUGGUUGGCAUAUCUUCAACGUAUCGCAUUUGAGGUCUGCAUAGAGUGCUGGCAUCAAUCAUACUUCGUGCUAGCUCACAAGGCAAGUACAGUGCAGCAUCGCAACACAGCAGCGAUCAGCGCAAAGCAAGCAGCGAGCAGCGCAAAGCAAGCAGCGAUGGAAAUCACCGCCGCCUCCUUCACGAACGAGGCCUUCGCCAACCUCCAGCCGCGGCGGCCGCGCGUGGCGAAGGACCCGUCGCUGCCGGUCUUAGCGGCGAGAGACGAGGUCCUCGCCGCGGUGCGCGGCCACAGCACAGUCCUAGUGGUGGGAGAAACGGGCAGCGGCAAGUCGACGCAGGUGCCGCAGUUCCUCCUCGACGCCAAACUGUGCGCGCCGCAGGACGGCCGGCGCCUCUGCGUCACGCAGCCCCGACGAGUAGCCGUCCUCACGGUGAGCGAGCGCGUCGCCGCGGAGCGCGGCGUGGAAAUUGGCGGCGAGGUGGGCUACGCCAUGCGCUUCGAGCGCAAGGCGUCGAAGAAGACUGCUGCGGUCUUCGCGACCGACGGACUUGUUGUCAGAGAGAUGCUCGGCGACGAGCAGCUCCAGAGGUAUGGUGUGCUGAUCGUGGACGAGGCCCACGAGCGGAGCGUCCACACGGACGUGCUGCUCGGCCUCGCGAAGCGGACGCAGGCGAAGCGACCGCUGAAAUUGAUCCUCAUGUCGGCCACACUCGACAUCUCUUCACUCCAAAACUACUUCGACGACUGCGCCGUCGUCAAGGUGCCGGGGCGCCUCCACGCCGUCGACGUGUUCUACACUGUCGACGCAUUGGACGACUACCACGAGGCCUGCGCGACGUGCUGCGCGCAGCUCCACGCGGACAAAACGUGCAAGGGCGACGUCCUCGUCUUCAUGCCCGGCCAGGAGGAGAUCGCGAGCUGCGUGGCCAUGCUCGAGGAGCGGCUCUCUGGCGUUGUGGUGGUGCCGUUGUACGCGGCGCUAUCCAAGGAAAAGCAGCUCGAGGCCUUCGCGCCGGCCCCAAGCGGCAAGCGCAAGUUCAUCGUUUCGACGACGAUCGCCGAGACGUCCGUGACGGUCCAGGGCGUCCGGCACGUCGUCGACCCGGGCUGGGCGAAAAACCGGGGCUGCGACGCGCGGGGCUUCGAGGCUUUAAGAGUAGAAGCGACGUCGAAGGCGCAGGCUCGGCAACGCGCGGGCCGCGCGGGCCGCGAGGCGCCCGGCCGGUGCUACCGCUUGUAUCCCGAGGCCGCCUGGGACUCGCUGCCCGACGCGACCGCGCCCGAGAUUCUGAGAUGUGAUUUGGCCGGCGUCGUGCUCUCCUUGAAAGCGCUGGGCGUCGCGCGGCCGGAGACCUUCGACUUCGUGACGAAGCCGCCGCGGCACGCGUUGCUCCGAGCCCUGGAGACGUUGUAUGCGUGCGAAGCUUUAGAUGACCGGGGCGCGCUGACGGCGCUCGGGCGGCGCCUCGCGUCGUUGCCCCUGCCGCCUUUAUUAGCAUCGGCCGUCGACCUCGCGUCUACGCAAUUUAGGGACGGCGCGCCGGACGUGCUGUGGGUCGUCGCGGCGGUCGUCUCCUCCGAGCACGGGCUCUUCGUCCAGCCGCGGGGCGGCGAAGCGAGGGACAACGCCAUCCGAGCCCGAGACGCCUUCGAGGACCGCAGCGGCGACCUGUGGACGUCGCGGAACGCGUUGAAGGCCGCCGCGAACGAACGGAACCGCCAGCAGUGGUGCCGGAAGCGGUUCCUCAGCGCCUCGGCGGUCGAGUCCGCGCUCCGCGUCCGGAAGCAGCUGCUCGACGUGCUCUCCAAAGAAAUCUUCGCGCCCACCGAGGCCAUUCCCCUCGACACGGCGCGGACGGCGGCGCUCGACUGCGUCGCGAAGGCUUUGUGUGUGCAGAACGCCGCGGUCCGCGACCCGGCGAAGCGGUGCUUUCGGGCCCUGCGCAACGACGCGGCGGUGUCCGUGCACCCCGGGUCGAUUCUGCACGGCCGGAACCCGCCGCCCGAGGCUUUAGUGUUUGCCUCGUCCGUGCAAACGACGAAGCUCUUCCUGCGCGGCGUAUCGGCCGUCGACGCGUCGACGCUCGCGCGGCUGGCGCCGCGCCUCUUUUCUACUGGUCUGUGA